CUGUGGGUGGAGUCAUCCCCCGGGCCUGGACGGUGGCCUGGCUGGGUCAGCUCCUGACUAGCGGCCCAGGGCAUGGCUGUGUGGGUCCGGGGAGGCCGCUUUGGCCUUCGCGGGUGCCUCGGCGCUAGCAAGCUGCUAUGUCCCCGUUUUCAGAGUCGCGGCCCUCAGGGCGUGGAAGACGGGGACAGGCUACAGCCUCCAUCGAAGAGCCCCAAGACCCCCAAGAUUUACACCAAGACAGGAGACAAAGGGUUUUCUAGCACCUUCACAGGAGAAAGGAGACCCAAAGAUGACCAGGUCUUUGAAGCCGUGGGAACUACAGAUGAAUUAAGUUCAGCCAUUGGGUUUGCUAUGGAAUUAAUUGAAGAAAAGGGCCACACGUUUGCCGAAGAGCUUCAGAAAAUCCAGUGCGUGCUGCAGGACGUCGGCUCCGCCCUGGCCACCCCACGCUCCUCGGCCAGGGAGGCUCACUUAAGACACACAGCCUUCGAGGCAGGGCCCACCCUGGAGCUGGAGCAGUGGAUUGACAAGUACUCCCGCCAGCUGCCCCCGCUCACGGCCUUCAUCCUGCCAUCGGGAGGCAAGAGUAGCUCUGCUCUGCAUUUCUGUCGGGCUGUGUGCCGCCGAGCUGAGAGACGAAUGGAAAGCCACCAACAGCCUUUUCAAGGACUUGCGAAGUGCCCAAUCACACCCCUCCUCCGCCCGGCUGCCACCCACCUGGAGAACAGAAAGACAGGUCCCCCAGCGUGGUGCCUCUUGUCCAGACGGGAGAGACGGAUGCCAAUGUGGCCAAGUUCUUAAACAGACUCAGCGACUACCUCUUCACGGUGGCCAGAUACGCAGCCAUGAAGGAGGGGAACCAGGAGAAGAUAUACAGGAGAACGGCCCAUCGGACGGAGACCCAGGCUCCUUGAAACGCCACCGCGGGGGUUGUGGGUCCCUGUGGUGACGGGCAGCUUGCUCUCCAGCGUCCUGGUUCCUGAGGAGCUCGUCUUGAGGUCUUUGCCUCGCAGCCCCUGCCACCUCCCUCGAAGGACCAUGGCCCCUGAGAUUUCUGCCCCUGCGUCCCCAGGGCGUCCUGGGUCUCAGAAAGGUCAAGGACAGCCGAAAAGAGGAGGGGCCACGUGGGAAAGAGAAUAAAAGUGGGGAGGCUUGA